AUGAUGCUAUAUCAGGGAAAUAAGAGGGGUUUACCUGUUGAACGAUAUCUUAUAGCAGUUAGUGAACGAUCCGUUGCACGUGUUCCACUUGCGCAAUGUAAUCGAUUUGAUACGUGUGUCGAUUGUGUCGCUUUACGUGAUCCACAUUGCGCAUGGAAUUUAGAAGCUAAGAAGUGUGUAAUGUUAAAUGAUAAUUUAAAUCGAAUAUACGAACAAGAAAUUAUAACAGGUCAAGCAGAAGGUUGUGGUACUUUUACCGAUCUUCAACAUUUCUUUAACUCUGAUACUGUACCAUCGAUUGUUACUGAAAAUGAGGAACCUUUACAAGAUGUAUCAUAUGUUCUUCCAUUAUUGAAAUCUCCGACAAUCAGUAAAAAUUGCACCUGCGAAGAGAAGAAGCCAAUUCCGGCUUGCGCUUCUAGCAGUAAUUCGGCUUCUCUCAGUGUAACAGCAGAAUCCACCACAUAUUCUUUCCUUCAGCACAGUUUUUUUAUACCGAUACUUUUUGCUUUCACUGCAACUUUGGCAGUACUCGUUGGUUUUUUUGUUGGAAAUUUAUACUGUCAUUGGAAAUUACCAAACAAAGGAAAGCCUUCGUCAUUUCAAUCAUUUAGCAGUACAACUCCUCAACCUGUUUAUGGUACCAGAUUAUCAUCACCAUCACUGAGCAUUAUCAAUGCAUAUGAAUCAAUAUCAAAAUUUAGCGGAGCUAUUCCACCACGAUCUGAUUCACCCAUAUCACUUGUG